CGAAAGACGUGACAUUUCAAAACGUAGCUAAAUUCCAACACAGCCGGACUUUUCGAAUCAGAAAUAAAGUCCCUUUUGAAAAGAAUCGAAUAAUACAAAAGGUGACCACAAAAGUCGUUUAAAAAGACACGUGCAAUGAAUCACAUAAUGCAAAAACAACGUUCGCCCUACACUGGAGGUGGCUUCAAUUUGCAACAGCUCAAGUCGCCAAACUUUGGCAACACGGAGGGAUUGAAUGGGAUGCCAUUUCUGGUGCAGUUGGCUAAACAGGUGCAACGUCCCAUUCAGCGUGUGGGCAGUCCUCCGCCGCAGCCGUUCAGCAAGUUGGGAGACACGGUGGCAGGACAUGAGCGUGGACUGCGCAGUGGCACGCCACGUAGCUACGACACCGACAACAUCCACCACAACCACAACAACAUGUGCAACAACAACUACAACAACAACAACAUCCACAACAACAACAACAACAACAACUGCUAUGAGGGAGAGUUGCCCAUGGGUGCAAGCCACAGCAAUCCAUCCCUGGUUCAUAACGAUGAAUACUCGCACAAUUUUCAGCACAUGGAACCACCGAUGGAUGCACUGCAUCCACUUGAGCACUUGCCACACUUGGGAUCACUGGGUCAAAUGGAUGCAAUGCCACAUCGUCCCAGGGGCGAUACGGACUCCGAGUCGGAGUAUUGUCAGCACUUUAAGGACUUUGGUGGCAAGUGUACGGGCCAAGUUUACUGGCGUCGAGCCUUUGAUUGCCUCAAGUCAAGGAUGCCGCCACAGCGGCAGGAGCGCAUGGAGAUGACACUGCGACAAUGCCGUGCUCAAUCAGUCUUUGGUCAUGUGCUCCUGCUGCUGCAGCUGCUACGCAUCCUGUUGCUGGGCGCAAUCGGGCAGGGACUCCGUCUGGGCAUCAACUGCGGCCAGGCGAGCUAUCGACUCUGGCGUUGCAAGUUCCAGCUGCGUGGCAUUGUCCGCCAAUUCCUGUGGCGCAUGGCCAAUGCCAAGGGCAACGAUGUAAUACUCUUUCUGGGCAUUAUGCUCAUUACGCCUUGGCUGUUCUUCAUCAGCCUCAUCGGAUUUAUCGUUUCCACUUUGUUCCAUGUCAAGUUGGGAUUAGGCGCAUUCUGGCGUCAGGUGCGUCUUCAGGUGUUGCGCUAAUUCUAAUCAUUCAACACACACUCUGGGGAGGGAGGGAGAUACUUAGAGAGUAAGAGAGAGAGAGAGAAAGAGAGAGAGAGACAUGUAGAGAGAGCAAGAGAGCAAUACACACACACAGAGUACUCUAGUUUAAAUUCCAAAAGUAUCCAACAAUGAGACUCGUGCAGCGCUUUUUACAGGGUAACAACUCACAAAUGUUAAAUAUACAACAAAUAUAACUGUACAUACAUAUAUAUGUACAUUUUAUGUUGCGGCAAAGAAUAAAUGAUAUAAGCUAUGAAAAAA